AUGACACAAAUCAAACAACAAUUUGAAUUUAAAUCAAUAUACCAUGAGAUUUUACUCGUGUUUACAGUUUUCAUGGCUCAAAUCUUAUGUCAAGGUAGUAUUACCAUGGCUUUGAGUACUAUGGAUGUUGUAUUACAAAGUUUCGAACUUACUGUUCCAAUAUCCUCAGUUAAAGUUUGGUACAUGGGAUCAUUUGCCUUAACUGUGGGUACUUUCAUUUUAGUAUCAGGAAAACUUGGUGACUUAUUUGGAUUAAAGUUAGUAUUUAUAAUAGGUUGGAUCUGGGUAGCUUUCAGUUCCAUGUUAUGUGGAUUAACUAUCUAUUCCCAUAAUAUUAUAUUUUUAAUUAUUUCCAGAGCUUUACAAGGUAUUGGAUUUUCUUUAUUAUUACCUUGUGGUAUGGGAAUUUUAGGUAAUAUUUAUCCUAAUGGAUUCAGGAAAAAUUUGGCUUUUUCAUCAGUAGGUGCUGCUGGACCUAUUGGAGCUACUCUAGGUGCUAUCAUGGCCGCUGUUAUUGCAGAAAAAAGUUGGUGGCCAUGGUGCUUUUUCAUUAUUACUUUCAUAUCAAUAUCCUUAGCUAUAUUAUCAUAUAUUUAUAUUCCUAAGAAUGUUGCUGAAUUGCCUGAAGAUAAAUUAGCUAAAUUAGAUAUCUUGGGUGCUUUUACUGGUAUUACCGGGUUAGUGUUAUUAAAUUUUGUUCUCAAUCAAGGUCCUUUAAUUGGUUGGGGGACUGUUUAUAUCAUUGUUCUUUUGAUUCUUUCAGUCUUCCUUAUUGUAGGAUUUUUCAUCAUUGAAUUAUACUUUGCAACAUUCCCAUUACUUCCAAAAUCAAUCUUUAAUUUGAAAAUUGGAUUAGUUUUAGCUGCUAUUUCAUUAGGUUGGGGGUCAUUUGGAAUCUGGCAAUUCUAUUAUUGGGUAAUUCUUUUAGAAUUGAGACACUAUUCCGCUAUUUUGACAGCCGUUAGUUACAUUCCUGUAAUGGUAUUAGGUGCCAUAGCUUCAUUCUUAGUGGCGGUAGUUAUCCAUAAAAUUAGACCAAGUUAUAUUAUGGUUGUUUCAAGUGUUGGGUUUUUCGUUGGUUCUGUUAUGUUAGCAGUAAUGCCUGUUGAACAAACCUUCUGGAAAAUCUCCUUUAUUCAAUUAUUCAUCAUUACUUGGGGGAUGGAUUUAAGUUUCGCUGCUGGUUCAAUUAUCUUAUCAGAUUAUUUACCUAAAACUGAUCAAGGUAUUGCAGGAUCAUUAGUAAGUACUGUGGUCAAUUAUUCUGUUUCAUUCUUCUUAGGAAUGUCAAGUUCAGUUGAAGCAGGUGUUAAACAUUCUACCCAUGAUACUUUGAAAAGUUACAGAGCUUCUUUAUAUUUCGGAAUUGGUCUUUCAGGUUUAGGUUUGGUGAUCUCGGUGAUUUUCCUCAUUUGGCAAUUAUAUGUCAAUGAUUCAGUUUUCACUCAAGAAGAUCCAGAAAAAGUCGAUGACCAAUAA